UAAGAAACCACGUGAAACCGGAUACGUGUUCGAUGAGGACGGAGUCGAGACGUGUAGUGCUGCUUCUAGCAACAGCACUAAUUUUCGAUACAACACCCGCGCAUUCGUAAGAGAACAAAUCUCCGCGACACCUACCACUACGACUCCUGCAGAACAUUUUUACGUAUCCAGUGUUGAUAUCAACCAAGUAAACCUCGUUCACGACAGCGCUGAACUAGUACAAGGAG